AGCUCCCGCUCGUUAGAGAUAGAGUCGCAUUGCGUCGUGCUCUGUACUCGUCUUUGACCCGUCUCUCAUCUACUCGCAAUAAAUGCACAUAACCCGCGAUGUUGUUGUCUUGUUCUUGAGGUAAUGAAGGACGUUGAAGACCUCGUCGCUGCCUGCUUCGGAGUAGAUUGGUGGAAAAUUAGAUUGUAGAAACAAAAUCAGAAAUGAAUUCGUUGGUCGAUGAUGGCGUGACGUGAAGAUAGCGGAUUUCAUCAUGCGCGAAGUAGGUCGCCACCGGCGCCGGGGGAUUGGUCCGACCGCACUGCUCCUGCUUCUCCGGAAUGAUGGAGGGGGACACUAUCAAUUUGUCUCCGGGAGCGCGACAAAUCAGGUAGACAUAGGUUCGUCGGGCCUGCUCGCGGGCGGCCAGGAGCAAGAAGCGGAAGAAUGGACAAAAAAGCAAGGUAUGGAUAGUUCUUUCAAACGGUUUUGCUGCCAAACAAAAUAUGAAGAACCCAAUUCCUCGUUUUCGGCAUGGACGCCAGAAUCUUCUUCGAGACAUGGACUUUAUUUCAAACAAUUCAGUAUCAAUCUAUCGACUGUACCAAAUCAGACACCCUUACCGAGCUUCUAGACCGGGAAGGAGGGGAGGAGGCACUGGCGAACUUGGAAAAAACCCUGGACGACAUUUUGAAGCAGGAUACUGGUGCUUCCGGCAACGCGGCAGACGGAACCAGCAGCAACGUCCAGGAAACUGCACCCGUUUUGCCUGCUUCAGGAGAUGAAACGACAGCGCCGGCAUCUGCAAAAAUCGGAGAGCAGCAGACUGCCAGCACCGCAGACAACCGGAUCGUGCCGGAUGACACAAAAAACCCUGGCGCAGCUCCGGCUGGGGGAGGUGUGCAGCAAGUGUCCAGAAGUCAAGUCGUAGGUCAACAGCCUGUAGUACUAGAUGGCGCAGGAGCUUCGACAUCAAGAAGCACAAAGAACGAUAAGCCCACGACGAACGAACCGCCUUUGAUCAUCUCCGGCCCGGGGGGCGUGCUGGGGGGCGGCCUAGGGCAGGCGCAGCAAAGCGGGGACGCAGGAGCAGGUCCGGUGGUGGUACAGGAAGGGAUUAAUAGUUCAAACGGAAAGAAGUCGUUGGCCACUAACAUGGGUGGCAGCGGCAGCUACCCCAGCAGUGCUGCAGCUGCAUCUUCGAGCAGUACUACUGCAGCUGCUUCGGGUGCUGGACCACAGCAACAGGCUGUCCCAGUAGACGCACAGGAGCUACAACUUGCGUCUAGCGCGGCCAAUACUGCAAAGAUCUUCGCAGGUGGAGCACAACCUUUGCAGCAGCAACUCCUGGAGAAUCAACAGCCACAGUAUGUCACCAUGGAACAGCUUCAACAGGCCUUGCUUCUUCAGCAGCAACAGCAACAACAGCAGACAACUGAAAAAUUUUACGAACAAGGCGACGAAGAGCAGUUGUGUCCGGACGCGAAAGACCAGCAAGGAAGCACCUGCGGCUCUGGCUACACGUACGCAGAUGCUGACGUGGAAAACACGGCUUGCGACGUUAACGACGGCUGUGACUUCACGGCAACCUGCUGUGUGUUGCAGGAGUCACCACAGGUACCGAUAUGAAUAUCUUGCUACAGAAGAUGCUGCUUUUGAUAGUAAGUUGUAUGUUGUGCCUCUAGAAGUAACGACGAAUUGUGGUGAUCAAAUGCCCGCAGAGAUCUGCUCACCCACGUAUUGCGGAAGUGAAAAACUACACACUCACCAGGUUGCCGGGGCCUUCACGAUUCAAAUCGACCCAGUCGGGAAAUUACGACACGAAAACUGUUUUAAUCCUCGUUUAUUUUCGUAGGUAGCUCUAAGUUGCUGCAUAUGCAGUCAAUCAUCAAGUACACAUGUUUGCAGAGUGCAUGAAGACCAGCUUCAUAUCAGAGAAGCGACAUAGCUCACUUACCCGUAGAGCUACUUGUGGGAUUGCAGGUACCGUGAGUUACUUGUGGGAUUGCAGGACUAGGUUUUCGUGUCGAUACAGAUUCACUAAGUUUCAUUCUGCGAACAACUUCACGUCAUACGUCAAGAAGUAAUUGGAGUCCAAGCGGGGUUCAAAGGGGAUCGAUUGUGUGCAGCUGCGAGGGUAUGAUAAUAAUUGGCAUGAGCACGACGAGGACUUUUGCUGGGUAAUAUGAAGCGCCGCGGUGACAAGCUUUCGCAAAAGUCUUUCGUUGUCCAUAUGUUGCGCCAUUCACAAAUUGUAAUUGCCCCCCGCUUGUUCGACUCCAAAUUUUCCUAGCGAUAGGAAUGUCGCGACGACGAUGGCCCUGACCUUGGGAAUCAACGUUGGGAACAUUACAAUCGACAAUGUGGUACGUGAAUUCACGACUCUUCUACAGUUUUCACGAGGAUUACGUGUAUAGUACUUUAGACACUUACUCGCACACCAUAGAUAAGAUGCGAGCAAACUGCUAUUCCUGAUGUUGACGACGCAGUAGUCUGUUAUCUACUUUAUCUCAUGCAGUAUACUCAACAAGGUGGAUCGGAGUGGCGGGGGCAACGGGACAAAGUAUGACAUCGCAAAAAAGCUCUUCUGCAUUUGCGUGCAGUUGUCUGCGGAAAUAAAAUGAGUAAUGCUGAAAAACAAGAAGAUGGGCUCACGUAGGCCAGCAUGAUUUUGGAGCUGCUCUGCCCACGUAGCUGCAUCAUGUGAUCCUGCUAGGGCGGCCUCCUGUUAAAACGAAACUGCAACGCGCCUGCAAUAUUUUGAGCUUUUCGCUUGCAUAAAGCCAGAGGUCAGAACAGCGGCAGAGGAGGUGGGAACGGCGGGGGUGGGAACGGCGGAGGUGGUUCUCAGAACGCGGGUGGAAACGGGGACGGUGGAAGAAACGGAAACGGUGGCAGUAACACGGCUGCCUUGCACGAACGUGGUCGCGGACGGCACAGGCGUGGGCAUCGGCACAAAAGGCACCGAAGGCAACAUGGGGGUCAAGGAAGAGUCACGAUGUCGAUGGAAGAGGUACAAUCUAAUAUUAGAGGAUCUUCAUCAAGUUGCAAUUGCAAACUCAAGUGGUUCUUUUACUCCGAGGACGGCAGUGCCAGAUCAUACUUCCUGUUGAAAAAGAAUUCUGGGACGAUAAAACGAGAUGCGUUCAGCUACAGGAAUGAACAAAAGCUUUAUGUAGAUUGCAAUAACAUUACGUACAGGUCCAGGUCCUCGACCGGAGCAAUGCGAACGCCACUGGAGCUCCCGCCUCUGCUGCACCGGGAACAAACGAAAAAAUUCAGCUUCAAAAACAAAGCCCCGCGACUCCCGUCGCAGCGAAUGGUCUCGACGCCAGCGAAAGUGAAGAACCCCCAAAAAAGCUAGUGCGACGCCACGACACCCUACCUAAAACCAGUCCGCAGAGCAUGCUGGAGAUGCGGCAGAGGACGCGAAGAGAAGAAGAAGGUGUUGAGGUGAUCGAGGAGUCAGGGCGGGAGGAUUUCUCGGAGCGGGAUGGGAGCGGUUCGCAGUCCAGUGCUUCGGAUUCCGACGAGGAGAUUGAAAGUGACCGAUACGAACACGAUCCAGAAGACCGCCGAAGCACCAGAAGAAGUUUUGUCCCCCGGCAUCACCACUCUGCUGCGCCGCACAUGCGAACAACUACGAGGAAAAAGGGUAACACCUGGCUGACGAGUUUUGUGGAACAGGUGAAACAGCAGUACCACAGUCUCGUCGGCGUGGAAGAGCAGGACCACGGGAGGUGGAGAACAUCAAGGCGGCAUGAUACGCAUUCUGAUCUUAUGGAGAGGACGAGCAACUAUCGGAACACGAGGCGGAUGAAAAGCGAAGGAAGGUCCGGGCGUCACAAGAGGAGAGGCGCAGCGUCCAGGGGACAAAAGCGGCACAGGAUGAAGGGAGGACGCCAGCAACAUCACCGCCAGCAACAUCACCACCGCAGCUCGCAUCUCGAGCCAGAUUUCGAGGAAGUUUACGAAAAUUCUGAGUUUCCCGAGGAUGAUGUGUCGUACACAACCUUGCUCGAGGAAGACGACGACGAGUCCGAGUUUUUCGAAGCGGCGGAACGGGGAAAUGCGGGCGAGUUGUCAAUUGCGUACAAGAUAAAGGUCUCGACGCCCGCGGAAGCCUACGAGGUGGCGGAGCAGUUGGAAGACGAAGAAACGUACAACGAUUUUGUGGCGAAAUUGGUCCAGGCGACGCCGGAUGUGAGCAAUAUCACGCUGGUCAGCUUCGAGCAGCCACUGGUCACGGGGACGGACGAGGUACGUCAACAGGUUUUCUGCAAAUGAUAUCAUGCGUUUUUUUGCUGAUGCAAAGAUAGAAAUCAUUACGAGCAGCGCUUGUGCUCGACGCAUUUAGUAAGUGAGACUGGGCAAGAAAUAUUUAGAACUCCGUGCUGCGCAAACAAUUCAAACAUUGCCUUUCGAACGCGAACCGAAACAACUUUCACAGGCGUCUGGGAGCGGCGGCAGCAGCGGCGGUUCCAACCUGGCCAUCAUUAUCUGCUCGAUCGCCGUCGGUGGUAUGUUCAUGCUGCUCCUUCUCGUCAUGUGCUGGGCAGAGCCGAGCGAUCCCCACCCGUCGCCGGGCCUCGGGUACAACGGCAACGAGCAGUGGCGCGCAAGGUCGCCGCACGAUGACUGGGACAGGAACGGAUACGGCCAGCAGCAGGGCGGUGGCAAGUACGGUGGCAAGGGCGGGUGGUACGGGGAGGGGGAGGCGAUGUCGAAACCGAAGGGCGCGGCCUCCCCCGGCAGUGUCGUGGGCGGCGCUGCCAAAAAUAAUCCCUUUAGCAACAGCGGCACGACGGACGGCGCGCAAGGACAAAAGCAGCAGAGUGCCAGCGCCAACAGCAACGCAAAAAGCACGGUGGUGCGUGGGGUACCGGAGCCGCAGCAUGCGGCUUACGACCACGAGGACGACUCCGACAUUUAG